AUGGUUAUGGCGAAACAAGCUCCUUCUCCUUGCCUUUUGCAUAUUCUCCACGUCGAGUACUCGACAACUCUCGCGCUCAUCAACAACCGCUUUCCCAGCAGUGUUUUGCCCGAAUUUGUCAUCGUAGCCACGGUACGGCUUCAUGUUGCUUGCCAGAUGAGCAUUUUUGGCAAGUUCAAAAACCUCUUCAAGGGUGGCCCAGCGGUCGACGUGAGGACCCCCUUGCCCUCUAUAGUCCAGUACAACGCCAACCCGCGCGAGCUAUGGGACAUUAUCGGCGAGCUCGGUGACGGCGCCUUUGGCAAAGUCGAACGGGUGGUCAGCCGAAAUGACCCGAAUCUCCAGGCGGCCGAAAAGUGCAUCGAGGUGCAAGAAGGGGAAGAGUUGGAGGAUUUUCUCGUCGAAAUCGAGAUCCUGCAGGCGUGCCGGCAUGAGAACAUCGUCACCCUCUUCGCUUGUUAUUACUAUGCAGAAAGAUUACAUAUGAUGCUUGAACUAUGCGGCGGGGGUGCCGUCGAUGAUAUUAUGCUGGAACUAGAACGCCCACUUACCGAACCACAAAUCGCCUAUAUUGCAAGGUACACUUGCGAUGCCAUUCGCUACUUACACCAAUGUAACAUUAUCCAUCGCGACCUGAAGGCCGGCAAUAUCUUGCUAACUAAUGAUGGCAUCGUCAAGCUGGCGGACUUUGGCGUGUCGGCAAAGUUGAAGGACAAAAACGAGAAGCGCGACACAUUUAUCGGCACUCCAUAUUGGAUGGCGCCCGAGGUGAUGACGUGUGAGACGUUCAAGGACCAACCCUACGACUGCCGCUCGGACAUCUGGUCCUUCGGCAUCACCCUCAUCGAGAUGGCCCAGAUGGAGCCGCCGCAUAGUGAGGUCUCACCAAUGCGCGUCCUCAUCAAGGUCCAAAAGAACCCCCCGCCCACGCUGAACAAGCCGAGCAGCUGGAGCAUCUACUUCAACGAUUUCCUGAAGGAAUGCCUCGUCAAAGACCCGCGAGCCCGGAAGGCUGCCGAGCAGCUUCAAAAUCACCCAUUCCUAAAAUCGGGCAACGACCGUCGCUCCGUACUGGCGCUGCUCGCUGAAGCCAAGGCCGAGGUCAAGGAAGUCGAGGUGAUGGAGGAGGACGAUCGGGCGAGCGUUGACGAGAGCAUUCCGGAAUCGGAGGAUACUGAAGAACAGAACUCCGCUGUCUGGAACGACACCAACAUCUCGGCCGCUUCAACAAAACAACAACCAGCCCCUCUACCACCCCAGGCCAACCGUCUACCCUCCAAACAUCGCGCCCCAUCACCGCCCAGCGAACGAGUCGAGGAUGACACUUUGGAUGUCUCUAUUUCGGAACUGUCCACCGACCCUUGUGCCCCAGCCUCACCCGCCGAAACCGAACUUUCGCAAGAGUUUAUUUGCCGCGAUGAGGAGUCCGGGGCUUCAUUCGUCGCCGCCGAUCCCUGCUUGACCCGGGCUGCUAUUCUUAUUCAAGAAGCUGCCGCUGCUCGUCAGCAACUUCCGGUUGAGCGCGAGCAUUCGCCCCUGAAAACAAACGAUUCGAACGAAAAUUUUAAUGAAGAACCUACGGAAAACCUUGGCGAAACGGAGCUCAGAAAUGAAAAAUCCGAAGCACUUUCCGAAGACAGCUCUGAUUUCCGGUUGGAAAUUCGAAAAGAUGCUGAUACCGGAUUCACCACGAAAACCAUUUCACGCCCACUAUUCGCCUCUAUUCAACUGUCCAUCACGACACAAGAACUGACCCGGCUCACGCCGAAGGCUGCGGAAAACGAGAAGUAUCCGGCCCCACCACCGCCCAAAUACCAACAGCCUCCGCAGACGCCGGUGAAGGUCAACGGGCACGUUGAACCUGCGCUGCUCAGCCCACGCCAGGAGGCGUACAACGUGCUCGAGGAGUUGAACACGGCCCUCGAUAAUGACACCAGCGACGAGCCGGCGUUUGAUAAUGAUCGAACACCGCGUCCCCAGCCCCCCUCACCUCGGCUAAUGCCCCCGGCAAAAGUACGCGAGGGUCGCGCCGAAGAGACGCACAUCGUCCACUCGCCCGAGCCAACGAGGAUAAUUAAGUCUGUGGUCGACAAUGCCCGGCACUCGGUCCCGACCCCCUCCGAACUUUCACCCCGGAGCACGCGUUCGGCCCACAGCGACGACUCUCCACAUCGACACUCGGCCGAAAGCGUCAACACUGGCAGGGAACUGGCCAAGUCUGAAUCUGCUCAAUCCGUGCACAAGACCUUCUCGAACAUUAUCCGCGUGCGGAUGGAUGUCCAAGACGAAGACGAGAAAAAACGGCAAUCGGCGGUGGAGGAUUUGAAGUUCCACUUCGAAAAAUCCAGCAGCGAGCCGACCACCAGCCACGCGACGGUCACAAUGCCCGAGGGACACGUGCAGAGCAAGAUCAAGCAGGUCAUCCGCGAGCAGCAGGCCCAAGAAUCCGGCCAGAGCGCCGAGCGGAUCAAGUCGGAGCGGCGCGAGGCGGACUCUCUGCUCUUCCAAGCACAGCCGGCCGUUUCGAAGAUGGCGGAGAGCUUCGAGCACGCCAAGGCCGAGCCGGCAGUUAUUAUGCCAUCAAGAAAAACGACUCCCGUUGCGUCAAACGGCGAGCUGCGGAGCAAGGAGCCAAGCCCGUCGGUCUCUCUCACUUCCCGGCACUCGGAUCCGCGCCCUUCACCCAGCUUCGAGCCACAGCCCUCCACUGCGCAAGAUCGACGAUACGACGAUGAUGAUUAUGUGCAAGCAAUGUUAGCACGUCUUUUUGACGAUCUCGAUGAUUGUGUGUUCGCCGAGGAUCGCCGGGAACUGUCGUCCACGUUGCCGCCACCAGAGCCGCCGGUUGACUAUGAUCGUGAACGACGAGCCAAUGAGAGCAAAGAAAAUCGACAGCCAACCCCGCCAGCUGCGCAAGCCUUUCAAACGCCCGUCAGAAAACAAAGCGGUAGUCCACCGAGUGAAAUUAAAGAACCUGCCGUCCUCGCGCCGACCAAGGCCGUCAACGGCACGAGCCAGCCAGCAGCGAUGCGACGGAAGAAUCCGAACCGAAAGACGGUGACCCGGAAGACGCGCACGUUCAACGUCGACGGCAUGGAGGUCACCGCCACCACCCAUCACGUCAUGGGACGACAGGAAAAUCUACAGCUCAAGCGUCAAGAACGGCAAGAGCUGACGCGGCUUCAACGCGAAGAGGCCCGCCAGCUGCAAGAACUGGAGCGCCAGGGCGCCACGCUCAACGAGCAACAGGAGAAGAAGCAGCAGCAGGAGAAGCUGACGGUGCAACGGCAAUUCGAGCAAGACCUUGAGAGCCUGAACCGGAAGCAGAAGAAGGAGAUCGAGGAGGCCGAGCGGAUGCAGGACGAGGAACUGAAGACGGCCUCGAAACGGUUGAAAUACGAUCAGGAAAAAGACCUGAACGCCUUCCGCGAGAGGCUGAAGCAGGAGAUGAAAAUCGUGAAGCAAGAGGUCGAGAUGGUCCCCAAAUCGCAGCGCAAGGAGGCACUCCGGAUACGAAAGGGUCAAACCGAGGCGCAGCACCAGAUGAAGGAGCAAGAGUUCGGCCAUCAGCUCCUCCAGAACGCCAACGCCACGCUGUCCCGGAUGCAGCAGAAGCACAAGGAGAAGAUUGCCAGUCUCGAGCGCCAGUUCACACUCCAACGGCAUAUGCUGUUGCGAGGCCGGGAGAGUGCCGAAUGGGAGCUGGACGAGCGGGUGAUGAGUGAAAGAUACGUGCUUCACCGGAAGCUGUUCAAGGACAAGUUCUUCCUGCUGCGCACCCAGAUGUUGGCCCGGCAGCAGAAGGAGAUGGCCCAAAUGGGGCGGAUCCACCAGAUGGCCGAGGAGGAGAUGAUACGUGAAUUACAAAUGGAUCGUAAGCAGCUGCCGAAGCGGUUACGAAAUGAGGCCAAAACGAGGACGCUCAUGUUCAAGGAGUCGUUGCGGAUAAAUUUGCAGACCGACUCCCAGGCCGAGCUGCAGGAGCGGAUGCGGCGCUUUGAAGAGGCCGAGAAGCAGCGGGUGAACAACGCGUGCAAGGAGUACGACAUGAAGAGCGCGCGCAAGAUCCAGGAAAAGAAGGAGAUACACGCGGCUGAGAUGCGCGAGCUGGAGGAGGUGCAAAAUGACAACCGGAAGCUGCUGCUCGAGCGUGAGCACGCCACAAUGGCCGAGCACGAGCGCAAAUACACGGCGGCCCGCGAGCAGUGGCACCGAGAAUUAGCGCCGAAGAAGAUGGAGCUCGAGCAAAAAUUCCAAGAAGAGCUCGAGGCGCAGGAGCAGUUCUACGGCAUCUCACUCGGCAGCGCCUCGUCCGCCAACAUGUCCACGAUGUCGGCCGGGUCGAUCAGCUCAGCGUCGAUGCUCCCGCCGCACAUGUAC